AUGUCUAAGAUUCAGCGAACACCCCCUGGCAAUAAGGGUCUCCAGAUUUCGUCAGAGAGUGACAUAACCAACCUUGAUCCUGAAAUUCCAUUAAAUUACUUAUCUAAACGUAUGAAAAGAUCCAGAAAUGAUGACCAUAGUACUUCUGAAGAAAAUAUUCCAAGAGAUGAAUUAUUGUCUCUGUUGACCCAGUGGAAAAAGGAACAAGACAAAGUUAUUGACAAAUUGUUUUUAGACAUUGCCGAGCUGAAAAAACAAAAUGCCUGUAUUCAAUCUUCUAGUUCGGAAGUCGAAAAAUCGAUGCAAUUUUUGUCAAAACAAUAUGACGAAUUGAAGAAUAAACUCCUCGAAAUGGAGCAAGAACGUAUGGAAAAUAAAAGAUAUAUUUCUUCUUUAGAAAGUCAAAUAGACGAUAUGCAAAAAAGGUUGAAGUUCACAGUUGUUGAGGUUCGCAAUCUACCUGUCGCCCCGGCCGCUGUCCAACAAAAUAGGCAGGAGACACAACAAGAUCUUACUGAUCUUAUGCUAAAAACUUGCGGCGCACUCAACGUUGAUAUCUCAACGUCCGACAUAAAAGACAUAUAUCGAAUUAAAAAUAAGAUUGGGUCUUCGGUGGUUGUAACCGAACUGAAUUCAGUUAUUACUAAGAAUAAAAUUUUGAACGGAGUGAAGGACUACAACAAAAUAAAUCCUCAUAACAAGCUUUCCUCGUCUAGUGUGGGGUUGGCGGGUUCUUGUGUCCCGAUAUACGUAACUGAAAGCCUGACCAACAAAGACCGAAAGUUGUUUGGACAGGCGCGUGAUACAGCGAAGACACUGGGAUACCGUUUCUGUUGGACAAGCAGGGGCCGCAUUUACAUGCGGCUAGCGGAUGGCAGUCCACGGCUUCAGAUUAAAACUGAGGCAGACUUGAGAGGAUUGAAAAAUAACGCGUGA